AUGUCGAUCACAUCAAGACUCAGCUGCUUGUUAUUUGCAGUGAGCGCCAUCAGUUCUCCAAUUUCUCACCGCGCUGUUGACGGAUUGAAUACUCGAGCAGUCGCCGCCGGCAAAGAAUAUUUCGGGAGUGCUACGGACAAUGGAGAAUUGAGCGACAUUCCCUACUUGGAGGGGUUGAGCAAUACUGCAGACUUCGGUUCUAUCACUCCAGGAAAUGCUAUGAAGUGGGACACAAUUGAACCCUCACGAGGAACUUUCAAUUUUGCCAAUGGCGACACGAUAGUCGACUUGGCCGAGAAGAAUGGCCAGCUCCUUCGAUGCCACACUCUGGUUUGGCAUAGUCAGCUACCAAGCUGGGUCUCCAAUGGUGGCUUUGACAAUGCGACUCUCAUCGACAUUAUGGUCAAUCAUAUUACUCAAGAAGUGACCCACUACAAGGGAAAAUGCUAUCACUGGGACGUUGUAAACGAAGCUUUGAACGAGGAUGGUACAUACCGUUCCAGCGUGUUCUACGACACCAUUGGCCCAGCCUACCUCCCUAUCGCCUUUGCUGCUGCUGCUGCCGCCGACCCAGAAGCUAAGCUCUACUUCAACGACUACAAUCUCGAAUAUGGAGGUGCCAAGUUCAACGCAGCAUUGGAGAUUGUCAAGUUGGUGCAGAGCUACGGAGCAAAGAUCGACGGUCUCGGCUUCCAAGGUCAUCUCAUCGUCGGAUCUACCCCAUCAAGGUCGUCGCAAGAGUCAAAUUUGAACAAGGUUGCUGCUUUGGGUGUCGAAGCUGCGUUCACGGAGCUGGACAUCAGAACUACAACCCCAGCAACAGAAGCAGCCGUCGCCCAACAAGCGAAGGACUAUGCAGCAACGGUAGGUGCUUGCGCAGCUGUCGAGAAGUGUGUCGGAGUGACUAUUUGGGAUUACACCGAUAAGUAUAGCUGGAUUCCAAGUGUUUUCCAAGGACAGGGUGCAGCACUCCCAUGGGAUGAGAAUUUGCAGAAGAAGGAGCUCGUGUAUAACGCCAUUCUCGAGGCUUUGAGCUAG